AUGAUUAAAAAUGGGGCUAAAUGGUCCUUAAGAUCUAAAACAAAAUCAGCUUCAUCUGUACCGAUAGUAAGUCCAGUAAUUAAACAGAAAACAAAGAAAGGUCAGAGAAAAGGUGCCCGAUCACGCAAUCAUACAUUGGCAAAUUCAAUGCCAGCUGUUCACAUUAGAACACAGCGAAACAGAAUCCCAUUAAACAUAAAUGCCGUCGACGCAAUGGGUAGAACGGCUAUUGAAAUCGCAGUUGACAAUGAAAAUCUUGAGAUUGUCCAACUUCUACUGAUGCAACCUGAUGUUCGGAUAGGAAAUGCUCUCCUGUGCUCGAUACGAGAAGGAGUUUAUGAGCUUGCUGAGGCACUUAUCAAUCAUCCUUCAAUCACUAAGGAAAUGCUAGGAGAAGGAUGGGCUAAAUAUUUGGAUCCAUCUGAAACUGCUACGUCCGAGUAUUCCAGUGACAUUUCGCCGGUAAUUCUAGCUGCUCAUCUGAACCAGUUUGAGAUACUCCAAAUGCUUUUGCGUAAGGAUGCUAUUAUCGAGAAACCACACAAACAUUAUUGUUCUUGUGAGGCUUGCGAGGAGGAAAGGAUCAGUGAUGGAUUGCAUAGAUCAUUGAAACGAAUUAAUACGUUUCGUGCUUUGGCCAGCCCAGCUUGGAUUUCUCUGACCAGCUCCGAUCCUAUCCUUUCAGCCUUCAAACUUAGCAGAGAAUUACAAAAGCGUGCCAAAGUCGAAGAUGAAUUCAAGUAUGCUGUUGAUUUAUUAAAUCAAUGCCGUAGUACAGAGGAAGUUAUGGCUGUUCUAAAUAAGGAGGACAAUUUCUGUAAUGAAGAGGUUCAUAUGGAUAAAAUUCUCAUAGGCGAUUUAAAAUUUGUACAGAUUGAUUUGAGUUCUGCAAAAUGUUCUCUAGCUCGUUUGAAGCUUGCAAUUAAAUACGAACAGAAAACGUUUGUGGCACACCCCCACUGUCAGCAAUUACUCACGUCAAUAUGGUAUGAGGGAUUUCCUUUAAAGCAGCAUAGGUCGUCAUUUUUUGGAACCCUUGUUAUCUGUCUACUUCUUGUAAUAAGUUGGCCCAUACUUGCAAUUUGUUAUAUUUUGUUACCUAAAUCACGUAUUGCCGAAAUUCAUUUCGUUUGGUUGCUUUCUUACAUUGCUGACAUUGGUUACCUUCGAGGCAUAUCGAACACAAACUGGAGAAAUAAAAGGGGGCGGGUUGACGCGGCAGAUCGUGGUCCCCCACCUACCGCUAUAGAAUGGUUAGUAUUUAUUUGGAUUGUUGGCAUGCUUUGGUCUGAAAUGAAGCAGCUUUGGCAAGAGCGUUUAAAUAAAUAUGUGCACCAGUGGUGGAAUUGGUUGGAUUUUGCAAUGCUAUGCCUAUAUCUUUGUACAAUCUCAAUAAGAAUCUCCGCAUAUUUAAUUUAUGUUUUGUGGAAUUUUAACGAAGAAACAACACCAAGACAUCUGAUUCGCACACAUUGGGAUGCUUAUGAGCCUAUGCUAGUAAGUGAAGCACUCUUCGCUGUUGGAAAUGUAUUUAGUUUUGCCCGAGUUUAUUAUCUAUUUCAAACUAAUCCUUAUCUUGGACCAUUACAAAUCUCAUUGGGCUGCAUGCUUGUCGACGUCGCCAAAUUUUGCAUAAUUUUUAUACUUAUUAUCUCAUCAUUUUCAAUCGGCUUAGCUCAAUUAUACUGGUAUUAUGAUGCAAAUACUCCUGUUUGCAUUAAAGCAGGUCAAUGUAAAACAAUGCCUAAUGCAUUUUCCUCAAUUGCAAAUUCAUAUAUGACACUACUCUGGUCGUUAUUCUCAAUAACAAAAGUUGAGGAUACUGACGUUCUUGAAGCACACCAUUUUACUGUAUGGGUUGGUCAAGGGCUAUUCAUUCUUUAUCAUAUGGCCUCAAUAAUUGUGUUGCUGAAUAUGCUAAUCGCUAUGAUGUCUCAUUCAUUUGAAAGGAUAAAUGUACGUUCAACAUUAUCUCCUCCAUUCAACAUAAUCAUAACACCAAAAGCCUGUGCUAAAGCUGCGCGAGCAAUUGUAAAUACGAUACGAUGGUGUUUUGGGCGAUAUCAUUACGACAUUAAGGAUGACAAUAGAGCUACAAUUCGACGCCCGGGAUACAGUAGAAAAUCGCAUUGUAGCAUUCCGAUGGAAACGAAUGCCUUGAAGAAACCAGUUACUUAUAUAGAAAUUAUACAAAGACUUGUUUCUAGAUUCAUUCAUGAACAGAAGAAAACAAUGAAAAUGGAUGGGGUUAAUGAGGAUGAACUAAAGGAGAUAAAGCAGGACAUAUCCAGUUUACGCUUUGAACUUCGCGAUGAUAGGCGAAAAGAAAUAGUUCGUUCAUCUUCGCAUAUUGAUGCUGUAAAGCGUGAAAUCAUGAGAAGUAUGAGUACUUCAACACGAGCACGUGUUACAAUGCCAAGAAGACAUUUUUCCUCGUUUAAAGAACGAGGAGUUGCAGAACUAGAAUCAGAGGAUUCUGAUGAUAUAGAGAUAAGAAAUCACAUUGAUUCAUUGUCCACGUUUGGAACUGGAGCUACUCUUUCACCUACAUUUUCUACUGCAGCCGCGCAACUCCUACCACCAGCCAUAACUGUUGGUGCCUCUGGAGAUGUGUCAGAUGGAAGAAGUAAUGAACAUUACUAUAUGAGUGAUAAGUUUAAUUAUGCGGAAAGACAACGUCCAAAACAGAAAACCAGUGAUGCUUUUGAAUUUUUUGUCGGCGAAACAGGAAGUCUUCGAUAUAGGAGUCGUACAGAAGCCUGUCAACGGGAUUCUAUUCGUUCGGAUUCAGCUAUGAACAAAAGGAAAUUGACGUCUACAAAGAAAUCAGUCAAAGAUAACACCUCUUCGAUUAUCUCAAUAGAAGUAAUACAUCGUUUGCGAGAGAGCAUCAAUGAGCAACUAAAUCAUCUUGUCGACCAAAUUGAGCAUCAACAUGCUUUCCCCAUGCAUGGCGAUAGAAUUAGUUUGGAGGAAUAUUGCGAAAACGAGAUUGAGCAGGAUGAUAAUGGGAAAAAUAGGGAACCAGAUCAAGAAGUAAAAUUAAGAGAAAUACCUAGUGGGAAACAAAAAUCAUCGACCAAAAGUUCGCCAUCACGCGUUUCAUUUGCAGGUUCACUAAAUAUUUCGAAAAAGAACGAAGACUCUUGA